UGGCCACUCUGGCCGGCGCGUGGGCCGAGUAGUGCGGGGCUGGCCAGGAAGCGCGGCAGCACGGGGCAAAGGGAGAGGCCAAUUCCCUCCUGAAAGGGCCGGCUUCCGCCUGUGGAGAGGAGGCGGAGCUCGGGAGCGGCCUCCGGGCUCGGCGGGAGUGAGUGCGGGUCGUCCAUUGUUGGCGGAAAGGGGGGUGGGCGUGGCGGAGCCGCCACCUCCUCUCGGCGCUGCGACCUCCGCUGCUCACCCUGCGGGGAGCUGUGGCCGCCAAGAUGAGCGGCGAAGAGAAUCCAGCUAGCAAGCCCACGCCGGUGCAGGACGUGCAGGGCGACGGGCGCUGGAUGUCCCUGCACCAUCGGUUUGUGGCCGACAGCAAAGAUAAAGAGCCUGAAGUUGUCUUCAUCGGGGACUCCUUGGUCCAGCUAAUGCACCAAUGUGAGAUCUGGCGGGAGCUCUUCUCCCCUCUGCACGCCCUGAAUUUUGGCAUCGGUGGCGACAGCACACAGCACGUAUUGUGGCGGCUGGAAAAUGGGGAGCUGGAACACAUCCGGCCCAAGAUUGUGGUGGUCUGGGUGGGCACCAAUAACCACGGGCACACAGCCGAGCAGGUGUCUGGAGGCAUCCAGGCCAUCGUACAGCUGGUGAACCAGCGGCAGCCCCAGGCCCGGGUCGUAGUGCUGGGCCUGCUUCCAAGGGGCCAGCACCCCAACCCGCUUCGGGACAAGAACCGGCAAGUGAAUGAGCUGGUCCGGGCCGCAUUAGCAGGCCACCCACGGGCUCACUUCCUGGAUGCCGACCCCGGCUUUGUGCACUCGGACGGCACAAUCAGCCACCACGACAUGUAUGAUUACCUGCAUCUCAGCCGCCUGGGCUACACGCCUGUCUGCCGGACCUUGCAUUCCCUGCUGCUUCGCCUGCUGGCCCAAGAUCAGGGCCAGGGUGUUCCUCUGCCGGAGCCCACACCCUAGACAUCCAAUCUGACCUCAACAUUAAAUUCUCCUUCCU